AUGUUCGGCGUCCUGCCCAUAUAUACCCUCAAUAUUCCCAGUGAUGGGGCAGUUAAUCCCAGCAAGAGACGCCGUCAGAGACCGAGCGACGAAGAAAGAAAAAGCUGCAUGAAGAGGAGGAUUCAAGAACUGCAGAGUAAACUACCAGAACUCCGCACCAAAUUCCGGGAAACUGAAGAAAGGUGGAACAAAGCAAACAUUAGUGCAACGCUUAAAGAUACCAUAGACUCCAUGUUGAAGAAUAUAAUUGACCAACACCGCAGCUCCACCACAAGAUCUAACCAGAGGAAGCUGAUCAACCUUAAUGGAGGCGAGCUCAAACAAACCCGGCCCAUCAAGGGUUACAUUAAUUUAUCAGACAAGACCCUGACACCUGAUCAAGAGGAACUACUAAACUUCGGUCUCAACUGCCAUGUCAUGACAAAGCCGAGGAAACACCAAAAAAGAGUAGAAUGUGAGAUUCUACUCGACGACAUCGCAAACCUAGCCAGGCGAGGUGAAGUUACUGUGCAGCCAACAUUCCAGCAAGAAGUCGUCGCAGAAGCAUCCAAAUCAAGAGGAAACUGCAAAAGCAAGAUCGUAGAAGAACGACACAUUGAAGCCGCUAAGCAACUUAAAGCAGACCAUAACAUCACUGUAAGAAAAGCCGACAAGUCUGCAUCAUACGUCAUAAUGAACACCUCUGAAUACAUGGAUAAAAUGGACGACAUCCUGAAGGACGAAACCAAGUUCACCAAGAUAACAAAGGACCCCACAGAAAGUUUGAAAAAGAAACUAAACAAGCUGAUUUCUACCAGUAACAUUGCAAGCAACACCAUCAAGUUCAACAAGCUUUCUGGAGAAUAUAAAAUGGGAUACUGCUACGGCAACGUGAAGAUACACAAGCCUGGAAACAAACUAAGGCCCAUCAUAUCGCAAAUCCCCACGCCAACCUACACCAUCGCGAAGAGGCUGUGUGCUACGCUGACACCUUAUGUACCAUCCACCUACAGCCUGACCUCAGCAGCUGACUUCCUUGACAUCCUCAAGUCAAACAACACGAAGGGAAACAUCGCUUCUCUGGAUGUGGAAUCAUUAUUUACGAACGUCCCUAUCGACCGAACCAUCGAAUACAUCUUGCAACGAGUUUAUCAUAAUGACGACACCCCGAGCCUAGACAUCCCUGAGCCAACGCUACGCAGCCUUCUUGAGUGCUGCACAAAAGAGGCACCAUUCACCUGCCCUAGAGGUAACAAGUAUCAACAAGUGGAUGGAGUCGCCAUGGGCUCCCCGCUGGGAGUCCUGAUGGCGAACUUCUUCAUGGGCUGCAUAGAGGAAGAAGCCUUUAAGACCACCAAGAGACCUGAUAUAUACUGCCGCUACAUCGACGACAUUUUCAUCAAAACCACAAGCACCGAGGACGCCGAACAUCUCAGAAGACUCCUUCAAGAAUUAUCCGGAUUAAACUUCACCAUCGAGCAUAGCACCAACGGAUCCAUGCCUUUCCUGGAUAUCCUCGUCAAGCAAGAUCAAGACGCCUUCAACACUGCUGUCUACGUGAAGGCUACUAACCCAGGUCACUGUCUCAAUGGAAGGAGCGAGUGCCCCAAACGCUACAAAGACUCCACCAUAGGGGCCUACAUCCGGAGAGCACUCACCCACUGUAGAGUGCUGCGCACCAGCUAA